GGGGAGAGAACGAGAUGGAGAUCUAAGGAAAAGAGACUCUGUGAGUCAGAGAAGAAAAGAUCUGGAACAGAAACAGAAAGACUGGAAGAGAAAGUGCUGGGGGGGGGGGGAGAGGGGGUGCGGGCAGGGGAGAGAAUGAGCCAGAGAGAGACUGGAAGAGACAGAUUAGAGACAAAUAGACAAGCUGGGGCCAGAGACAAGGUGUUAGGAGCCUAAAAAAAGGCAAGAGGGACCAGAAGUGACACAAAGCAAGAAGUGUGCGAGUGAGCAGGUGAGAAGGCAGACAGGUCUGAGAGGCAGCACCCAAGAGCCAGAAAAGGAGGGAGACUGCAGCUGGGUGCCCCAGCGCCCGCACGGCCCUCUUACCCCCAUCCUUGGGACCCCAGAGCUGCCCUUGAUGGAGGAGGGCAGACCCCGGAGCAGCCUCAGCCUGGCCAGCAGCGUCUCCACCAUCUCCUCCCUGGGCAGCCUGAGCACCAAGAAGCCUACCCGGGCUGUAAGCAAGGUGCACGCCUUCGGGAAGAGAGGCAAUGCACUCAGAAGGGACCCCAACCUCCCGGUGCACAUCCGAGGCUGGCUUCAUAAGCAGGACAGCUCCGGGCUGCGCCUCUGGAAACGCCGCUGGUUCGUCCUCUCCGGCCAUUGCCUCUUCUAUUACAAGGACAGCCGCGAGGAGAGCGUCCUGGGCAGUGUCCUGCUGCCAAGCUACAGUAUCAGGCCAGAUGGGCCAGGAGCCCCCCGAGGGCGGCGCUUCACCUUCACCGCUGAGCACCCAGGCAUGAGGACCUAUGUUCUGGCCGCUGACACGCUGGAGGACCUGCGGGGCUGGCUGAGGGCGCUGGGCCGGGCCUCUCGCGCAGAGGGGGACGAUUGCGGGCGACCCAGGUCACCUGCACUUCCCCAGCCGGGAGAGGGCCCUGGCGGCCCCGGUGGCCCCCCGGAGGUGAGCAGAGGGGAAGAGAGGCACAGCUUAGAAUCACCGGAGGUGGCUCGGCUGUCCAGAGGUCGCGGACGACCUGGGCUGCUCACUCCCAGCCCCACAGCCGACCUCCAGUCUGGACCUCGGAUCCGGAGGACUAGGAGCCCCGACCUGUUCACACCCCUCUCUCGCCCUCCAUCCCCUCUGAGCCUCCCCCGGCCCCGUUCUGCUCCUGCGCGCAGACCCCCUCCGACCUCGGGUGACAUAGCACCUUUUGCCAGACCCCAUACCCCUCUGAGUCGCAUCGAUGUCCGGCCUGCCCUGGAUUGGGGCCCCCAACGCCAGACACUCUCUAGGCCCCCCACUCCCCGGAGAGGACCUUCUUCUGAGGCUGGGGGAGGAAGACCCCCCAGGAGUCCCCAGCACUGGAGUCAGGAGGCCAAAACACAGGCCCCCUCUGGGUCCACGUAUCUCCAGCUCCCCCCGAGAGCUCCCGGGACCCGGGCUUCCAUGGUUUUAUUGCCGGGUCCCCCCCUAGACUCAGCUUUUCACCAAAGCUUGGAGACAGAUACUCUGUUGACCAAGUUGUGUGGGCAGGACCGGCUCCUGAGGAGGCUACAGGAGGAGAUAGACCAGAGGCAAGAGGAGAAGGAGCAGCUAGAAGCAGCCUUGGAGUUGACCAGGCAGCAGCUGAGCCAAACAACCAGGGAGGCCGCGGCUCCAGGGAGGGCCUGGGGGCGCCAGCGCCUCCUGCAGGACCGACUGGUCAGUGUGAGGGCCACUCUGUGUCACCUGACUCAGGAGCGAGAGCGGGUUUGGGACACAUACAACAGCCUGGAACAGGAACUGGGCAGCUUGAGAGAGACUCUGGAGUACCUGCUGCACCUUGGUUCCCCCCAGGACAGAGCAUCUGCUCAGCAGCAACUAUGGAUGGUGGAAGACACGCUGGCAGGUCUGGGGGGCCCCCAGAAACCACCACCCAACGCUGAACCUGACUCCCCAUUCCCUGCACUCCAAGGCGAGGAGUCCUCAGAGAGGGAGAGCCUGCCUGAGUCCUUGGAGCUGAGCUCAUCCAGGUCCCCUGAGGCUGACUGGGGGCGGCCGCCCGGGGGCGACAGAGACCUCCCCAGCCCUCGCUCAGGUCUUGGAUCUCCGAGGGUCUCCCGGGCCUCCAGCCCUGAGAGUCGUCGUCCUGUUUCCCCACCGCCAGGAACCAAGGCCCCCCUCGCCCGGCCUCGGAUGAGUGCCCAAGAGCAGAUGGAGAGAAUACGCAGAAACCAGGAGUUUGGACGGCCUCUCCCUCGCCCUGCUUCCCCCCGGCACCUCACUCUGGGGAGAACACUGUCCCCAGCCAGACGCCAGCCUGACAGAGAACAAAGGCCUGUCCAGGGACACUCAGGAGCCCCCAAAUGGCUCAGAAGCUCUGGAUCCUGGAGCAGUCCGAGGACCACCACCCCUUAUUUGCCAACAUCCGAAGGUCACCGGGAGAGAGUCCUCAGCCUCUCUCAAGCUCUGGCCACCGAGGCAUCGCAGUGGCACAGAAUGAUGACAGGUGGACAUUUGGACUCCCGAGGAGACCCUCUUCCCCCCGCGCCACCGCCUCCGUCAGAUCCCACCCCCCAGGUGACCUCGCCCCCGAGGUCUCCAGUGGCUAAUUCCAGUAAUUCCAGCUCGGCUGGGUGCUCCCACCGGGGUAGUGGGCGUGGCGCAGGCCCCGCCUCUUGGGAGCCCACGUGGGAAUCCGGGACCGCCCCUCCCGCCCUGACCCAAGAAGAGGGGGCGUGGCCUCUGCGGGUCACUCUGCUGCAGUCCAGCUUCUGACCUGCCCCACGCCGAGCGCCGCAGCCAAUCGGGACGUGAGGGCGUGGCCUCGAGGUACCGCCCGGAGAUCUGGAGCCACUCAGGGCGCAGUGGGGGCGUGGUCUGGUCUCCAUGGUGGCCUGAGGAGAAGUGUAUAUCGCCAAAGUUUGAUUUUUCCCAAUGCUUGUCCAAAUGCGGAUUAAAACUUUGAACUUUUA